CUUCGCGAACAGAAAUGGCUCUCAAAUGGGUUGUUUUAGGCUACGCAGCAGCUGCUGAAGCGAUCAUGGUGAUCCUCUUGACGAUGCCAGGACUCGAUGGUCUCCGAAGAGGAUUGAUCGCCGUCGCACGUAAGCUCUUGAAACCGUUUCUAGCGAUUGUACCUUUCUGUUUCUUCCUCCUUGUGGAAAUCUACUGGAAGUACCAUACUCGACCUUCCUGCUACGGCGAUUCAUGUACUCCUUCCGACCACCUCCGUCACCAGAAGUCGAUCGUGAAGUCUCAGCGUAACGCGCUACUUAUAGCGUCAGCUCUCACUUUCUACUGGAUUCUUUACUCCGUCACGAAUCUCGUCGUUAGGAUCGAGCAGCUUAACCAGCGGGAUGACAGGCUUAGGAACAGGGUUUAAGACAAGCUUUGUUAUGUCGUUAGGCCCUUUUUUUCGGCGUUUUCAAUGUUUGCCUAUUAUAUGUGUUUGAACUUUCCCUUCUCCAUAAUCUCAGAAUUUUCAGUGGCUAAUUUGAUAUUUUUAUUAAAUCAACCUUAAGAUAAUUUUAAGAGAAAUUGCACGCUAUAGCGUAAAAAAAAUCUAUAAUUCAUUGUCUAACGUUUUGACCUAAUUAACAACGAUACAACACAUAUUUUCUAUAAUAAUACAAUUGUGCCCUUCUAAACAACCGACACAACCUGCAACCAAAACAAUUUAAAAUUAAUAAUUAGGUAAUGUAAAAAAUAGAUCGUGGUUUUCUCUUGUUCACAUAUCAUUUGAAGCUAAAUUUUGAUAGAUUAAUUAAGAGGGAAAGGUGAAUAUGUAUGACCUAUGGCGCAACCGUUUGGAGUCACGGCGGUGAGAGAAGAAGACAGAUUUCCAUGUCUCGUGCUGUGACAGAAUGGCGAGGUUUCUGGGAUUCUGAAAGGUUCGAGUAAGACGGCACCACAUCGGCUGCAAGGCAAAGUCGAUUCCCGAUUCAUAUUCAGGAAGAUAAUUUCAAGCAAAUAAGUUUCUGUUGGUGGUCAAGAAUAACAAUGGUGGACUGGUAAGUGCAUGUCGCCUUGUCUGAAAAAGAGAGAGAUGAAAAAGAUGGAAUCACCAACUAUACUAUAUCGUAUAGUAUAUGUUAUUUAUUGUAGCUAUUCAUGUAAGAAUACUAUACUAUUUAAAAUGUUGUCUUUUAUUUCACAUAUUUCUAUACUAUUUCCUUCAAUUAUAACAAUCUGCUAUGUUUCUAGAUUUCAUAUUUUUUCUUCUCUAUCUUUUUGUUUGAUUGUUUGUAAUAUAAAGCCAUUUCAUGCAAAUGUUGGAAAAGAUUACAAAUAAUUUUAAUAAGAUUUGUUUACCAUGCGGUCCAA